UUAUCUAAAAUACCAAAAUGAAUCCAUAUCACAUCCCACAACCAACUACAGCAACAGUAAAUGCAGGAGUUCCAAUUGGAACACCAGUCCCUACUGCUCUCCCAACUGCCAUGCCAACUCAAAUUGGAGCACCUAUGACUGCCACUGCGCAUGUUACUGCGCCAGCACCAACAGCAGCAACUCCUUCAUAUCCAACUGUGACACAAACUACAAUGCCAACUGCCACAGCUACAUUCACUGCUCCUACAAUGACACAUCACACUACUACUCAUGUGGCUCCUACCAUUACCCAUGCUGCUCCUACUUUCACCCAUGCUGCUCCUACUUUCACCCAUGCAACUCCAACUGUCACCCAUGCAACUCCAACUACGACCACAACAACAUCGAUGCCUGGUCAUGGAAUGACAGUGACAAAGCAAGUGCAUACAACUGCAGGAGCGACCUUCACUCCUGCGGUAGGCACAGGUAUGGUACACCAUACUCCUGCUAUGCCUACUGCAACUAUGACAACUCAUGUCUCAGCUCCAGCUCCCACUAUGGCAAUGCCAACCACAACUGUUACCACUCAUGGAGUACCAAGACAUGCAGGAGCUACUUUCCCAGGAUCUGUAUCAACCAUUGGAACCCAUGGGACUACCGUAACUAAACAAGUCACUACAAGUUCAUCUGGAUUUGGAGGAACAACUGUGACAAAGAAGGUAACAACAACUCCAGGAUUCGGAGGUACCACAGUUACUAAACAAGUUACAACCACUCCAGGGUUCGGAGGAGUUCAUGCUACUCCAGCUAUGACAACUGUAACUACCUCUGGAACUCCAGGCACACUUGGAUCUACAUUUUCCACUACAACUGCAGCUUACAGACCAUUUGUUGGUGCUGGUUGCCCAUACAGUGCUCCUGCCUAUCCAACAGCAUCCCAGAUCAUCACUAAGACUGGCCAUGUAGCUGUGAUUUCUGGAGUCCCAGGAUGCUUCAAAUGUGGAGGAAGCGGAUGGAAACAGAACUUUAAAGGAUGCUUCAAGCCAUGCAAGAGAUGCAACCCCACAGUCUGCAAAUGCAUGGGGACUGGAUGGGACUACAAGAAAGGAUUCCCUUGCAAGAAAUGCAGUCACGGAACUUCAUUUGUCACAAGACAUGGAGGUGGUCUUGGUAAAGGCGCUAAAGCAGCAGCCUUAGGAGUGGCUAUUGGAGCUGGAAUUGGACUAGCAGUUGGAGCAGGAACCAGACCACCAAAAAGUCAUAGAGGACCUAAAAGACACGGAAUGGGAGGUCUCUUUGGUAGAGGAAGAAGACGCUAGAUUAGACAAGGGCAUAACUAGUACAUAAUGCUUCAGCAUUAAAA